AUGCUGACUGCUUGCCCAGUGCAAGAGGCACCGACUCUAUUCGAAGGUUCAGGCUCCGAUUUGCAAAAGCAGUCGACGCUGUAUGACUUCGAUGCAUCGUCAAGCCGAGACGAGGCGUUGUCCCUGCCAGUUGGUGAUGUGUCAGCGCCAUAG